UCUCCCCGCUCACACACCGCUGCUGCUCCACCCGGAGCACAACAGAGAGCGCUUUUAUUCACUUGAUGUGAUUAUAAAGUUGGUUUUAUGCUGUUUUUUUAUUUAAUAGUUGUGAAAGAAGGUCUGAUUCCGUGAUUACUCUCUCAAAAAGACUGGACAGACUUUUUGGAAACGAACCAUGAAGACGUGUUAUUUCUCUUUGCGCCUUUUGCGCUACUGAAGACUCGAUUUGUGCACUGGAGACGCUGAUAUGGACCAGGGAUCCUCGAGGACACAAUGGCCAUUAGUGAGACACGCUCUGUGCCUGCUUUUGUGCACGGGCGCAAUGGAUUUGGUAUUGGCGCAGAUGCGCUACUCAAUUCCAGAGGAGCUGGAGCACGGAGCAUUCGUCGGGAAUAUUGCAGAGGACUUAGGCUUGGACGUGGCGAAACUGUCUGCACGUCGGUUUCGGAUUGUAUCCGGCGCCAAGAAACAGUACUUAGAGGUGAAUUUAGAAAACGGUAUUUUGUUUGUAAAUGAAAAGAUCGACCGCGAAGAACUGUGUGAACAAAGUCAAACUUGUUUUUUGCACUUGCAAGUCGUCAUCGAGAACCCACUGGAGCUCUACCGUGUAGAGGUGGAAAUUCUGGAUGUGAACGAUAACGCUCCUAGUUUCCCGUGGAGCGAGUUUAAUCUUGAGAUCACCGAGUCGGCGGCGCCAGGCUCUCGCUUUCCACUGGAAAGUGCGCAAGAUUUAGACGUGGGCACCAACUCUCUCCGCUCAUAUCAACUCAGCGCGAACGAGCACUUUGCCUUGGAUAUUCAGACGCGCAAUGAUGGCAGUAAGUUCGCUGAGCUCGUUCUAGAGACGCCGCUAGACCGGGAGCAAAAGAAGGCGCAUGAAAUGGUGCUGACUGCCGUCGAUGGAGGCUCACCUGAGCGCUCGGGAACAGCGAAAAUCACAGUCACGGUGCUGGAUGCAAAUGACAAUGUCCCCGUGUUCGAUCGGUCUGUUUAUCGAGUCAGCCUGAUUGAAAAUGCUCCGAGAGGCACACUUGUGCUCAAACUUAAUGCCACAGAUCUCGACGAGGGUCCCAAUGGCGAGAUUUCCUACUCUUUCAGCGGACACGCGCCGUUAAAAGUGCGCGAAUUGUUUAACGUGGACUCCUACACAGGAGAAAUUCGGGUAAAAGGGAUUGUGGAUUAUGAAAAGGCGAGCGUGUAUGAAUUGUACGUGCAAGCCAAAGACAAGGGUCCCUCUGCCGUAGCUGUGCACUGCAAAGUGCUGGUAGAUAUUUUGGACAUAAACGACAACGCACCCGAGGUCAUUCUGACCUCCGUGUCUACACCUGUUCAGGAAGACGCGCCACCGGGGACUGUGAUCGCCGUUAUCAGCGUGAUGGACCGAGACUCGGGCGAGAACGGAAAUGUGGACUGCGAAAUUCCAGGAAACGUUCCAUUUCAGCUCCAUUCAUCGUUUAAGAAUUACUACACUUUGGUGACUAGUGAGUUUCUUGACCGAGAGAACGUGGCUGAGUACAAUAUCACGCUGACCGCGAAAGACUUGGGCUCCCCGCCACUUUCCACCAAAAAAAACAUCCUCGUUACAGUGUCUGACAUUAAUGACAACCCGCCGCGCUUUGUUCAGCCGUCCUACACUGUCUAUGUAACCGAGAACAAUGCCCCUGGCGCUUCCAUUUGCUCGGUGACCGCCUUCGAUCCCGACUCCAAUCAGAACUCCUAUCUGUCUUAUUCCAUUCUGGAGGGUCAGAUACAGGGCAUGCCAGUGUCCACUUACGUCUCCAUUAACUCCGACAAUGGAAACAUCUACGCGCUGCGCUCCUUCGACUACGAACAGCUCCGAAACUUUCAGAUCAAAGUUCAAGCUCAGGACGCUGGCUUCCCGCCACUGCGAAGCAACGUAACGGUGAAUGUAUUCGUUUUAGAUCAAAAUGAUAACGCACCGGUCAUUAUAUCUCCAUUGCCUAAAAACGGCACGGUGGCGACAGAAUUGGUCCCCAGGUCAGUGGACGCUGGUUAUCUUGUUGCGAAAAUCACGGCAAUGGACGCGGACGCUGGGCAGAACUCGCGGUUGUCUUACCAAGUGCUCCAGGCGACAGAUCCAGGGCUUUUCAGCGUUGCCCUUUAUACAGGCGAGAUCAGGACAAUUCGCCGCUUUGUUGAAAAAGAUGCCACCAGGCAGCGACUUGUCAUUCUGGUCAAGGACAACGGUCAGCCGCCCCUCUCGGCCACCGUCUCUAUCAUUCUGUCAGUAGUGGACAACGUGCCGGAAUCCCUGUCAGAUUUUGGCGACCUCACCCUAAACCCCCAGCCUUCGUCCAAUCUCGCCCUCUAUCUAAUCGUGUCACUGAGCACCAUCUCGCUUAUCUUUCUCAUAGCCAUUAUUGUGCUCGCCUCUGUCAAGUGUUACAAAGAUCGAGACGCACUCAACGGCUUCGGUCUCUCCACAGUCGGAGCCGCUUGUUGUGGUAUAGAACCGGAGCCCCCGACCGAAGUAUUCAAAAAAUCGAAUUUAAAUUUACAGAUCUCCACAGGCACCAAAGUGCCCACGAAUUGCAUGGAGGUGAACAGCACGAACACCUUGUCUCAAGCCUAUUGUUACAAGGUUUGUCUGACACCAGAGUCGGCGAAAAGCGACUUCAUGUUCCUGAAGCCGUGUAGUCCCGAAACGCCGAGGAACAAUGCCAAUCCAAAGGGAACUGAAACGCUUGGAUGGAACGCGCAAAGCCGGAAUAAUGGAGCAACUACUCCCAGUGAGCUGAAGCAACCAAAUACAGACUGGCCUCUCACAAAGAAUCAAACGUCCUCUCUUAAAAGCUACAAUUCUAUCAAUAUGGAUGGUACUCUGAUGCGCAAGGCAAUGCAGACAGACCCAGAAAACUUUGUCAGCCCAAUGGCAGGGCAGUACUGGACCUGGGGCAAUCAUAUGCGUGGUCCCAAAGUUGACCACUGUUCAGCGACUUUGCGCCCUCCGUCGACAGAAUACAGGACAUCUCCCCCCAUCGCUGGCCCUCCCCCUCGGGCCUGGACUCCUCGCUACGUCCCCCCUCAGCACCAGACUCUCCAGCAGGCUCAGACGUCCCCCCACCCCACCCCCACCCCACACCCGUCCCACCCGCCGCCCGACUACCAGCACAACGUCUACAUCCCCGGCACACCCUCGGCCCUGUGCACUUUGCGGCCCAGCCACCGGAGUAGCGAGCUGGACGUGCACAACGCCUUCUCCACCUUCGGCAAGAAGAGGCGCUUCCACUACGAGCAGCGGGACGAGACACCCACACCUGAGAUCAUCAACAACGACCUGUACAACAACUAGUGGGGGCCAGACACACAGGUGGUGGGGCAGAGACUGACGGGAGAAAGGCGGUGUUUCCUCCACCUGCUGGACUAGAAACAGGGAGGCAGCUCUCUGUGGGGACAGUGGUGGAGCUUCACACAGUGAACACUGAGCUGGAAGUGUGUUCAACAGCUCUGAUAUGCACCUUUCGUUGUUUUUUUUAACAUAUGUGUGUGUCUCUUCAUAUUUGUGGAUGAUGGCACUGAGCUCACUGACUUAGUGGAAGAGACAUCAGACUCAUCUGUUCCAGCUGUCCGACAAGUGUCCUCUUUAUUUUGUAUGAAGAUGUUUUCAUGUAUCUUAUAAUUUCUUGUCAUUUAAGAGCUUUGGGGCCUACAUCUCCAGUGUGGGUGCCAGUAGUGGAAAAAAAAAACAGUCCCUCACGUUUAGAUGAGGAGCACUUCAUGGGUAUAAAUAAAAUGUGUCAUUCUCAACGUGUCAGAAUCGAGAGGGGUUAUAUAAUUCCACAAGGACGGUUAAUGCUCAUCUUUGAAUGUCAAUCAAUGUCGAACAUGCCCCCAUGGGCCAAAUAUUGUUCAUGUGAAAAAAAAGCAUUCCAUGGUCUGCUGCUUAUGAUUGUCAAAGCAUCGCACCCCUCACUCUUGUGUAAUUAUUAUUAUUAUUAUUAUUAUUAGCAGUACUUGUUUUGACAAUCAAGAUGGCCAAGUUGCUUUUACUGUAAAGUCAGGAUAAUCAAAGAUAUCACUUUGAAUAAUCACUUUUGAUUUUGCACAAUGUGAUUGAAAUGAAAAAAGAAAUGCUCCACCCAGUUGAUUUCAAAAUUCAGUCUCUUCAUGGUGCAAACUUUGUGGAAAAAAUAAAUAAACGCUUACUUGUGUCAUCAAGGUACCUCAUUUAAGGCAAUGAUGUGCCAACCAUACAACACAUGUACAUACGACUCUGAAAAUAAACUAUUUUUCUGAUACUAUUCUA